CCAGAUAUGAGCAACUUCCUUUCCAGCGCCAUCACAUUGUGAAAGUGCACGGUUCUCUACGAGCUAAGGCCAAUCCGGCGACUUGCACUCUUCGCAAUAAGCAUCCAUUGCUAAAAACACGAAUAUAAAUCACAAUGGCUUCUAAAGAUGAACUUGCCUGUGUUUAUGCCGCCCUUAUCCUCGCCGACGACCAAGUAGCGAUCACUGCAGACAAGAUUACCACUAUCCUGAAGUCUGCAAGUGUUUCUGUUGAACCUUACUGGCCAGGUCUAUUUUCCAAGGCCUUGGAUGGUGUCAAUGUGAAACUCAUCACCAACAUUGGUAGCUCAGCUGGUGCUGCCCCUGCUGGAGGUGCUGCCCCUGAGGCUGCCGACGCCCCUGCUGCUGCUGACAAGAAAGAAGCAAAGAAGGAGGAGUCCGAGUCAGAGGAUGAAGACAUGGGCUUUGGUCUCUUUGACUAAAACCACCAAGUGCUGUAAAUAAAGUCCAUGUCUUAAACAACA